CGUCGCCUGCAUUGCCGGUUUGGGGCGGGAGGGAGAAGUUGAUGGGAGUUUCGCCUUUGGCGUGUGGGGCGCCGGCUGGGAAGGAGAAGCCGUUUAUAUUGGAUAUGGCGCCUUCGAUUGCGGCGCGGGGCAAGAUUUACAAGGCUGCUCGGCGGGGGGAGAAGAUCCCUGCCGAUUGGGCGUUGGAUGGGGAGGGAAAACAGACGGACGAUCCCAAUCGCGCAUUGGAGGGCGUUAUGUUGCCGAUGGGCGGUCCCAAGGGGUCGGCGUUGGCGGUUAUGAUGGAUGUGUUUUCUGGGGUUUUGUCGGGGUCGGCGUUUGCUGGACAUGUUACGGGCCCUUAUGAUCCGUCGAAGCCUGCGGAUGUGGGCCAUUUCUUGGUGGCUAUUAAGCCAGAUCUGUUUAUGGGGUUGGACGACUUCAAGGAGCGUAUGGAUUAUCUUUAUCAGAGAGUGGUCGGAUCUGAGAAGAUGGCUGGUGUGGACCGGAUUUACUAUCCUGGGGAGAUUGAACAGAUUACGCGUGAGGAGAGAGUGAAGUCGGGGAUUCCUUUUGUUCAGGCUGAAAUUGACGCUUUGAAUAAGGAGGCGGAUAAGGUCGGGGUGGAGCAUCUUGUCGUGUCAUAGAUUGCUUGGGUUUAUAUUGCAAGGCCUUUC